AUGUUUGUUACCAGAAUACGUUCACUUGGUAAUUCGACGCUGCAAAGCACCACCAAAUUCGGCAUCAUACAAAAUCUAGGAGGGGAUGUGUUGACUGCAAGACUAGGCGUGUCAAGGCACUGUGACGAGAAGAAGCCAACAUGCUCAGCAUGCGCAAGGCGACAGUCACAAUGCCACUACAUCGUACCAGGCGAUCGAAGGCCCGCCGGACUGCCAAAGUCCGGUACUGGCAGUCCUCAAACAGACAUUGACAACUCACUCGUCAUCCAGCAGAAGCCCUCAAUGAGCUAUGAAAGCCUCUACACCCCUGAACACAUGCUACACCUUCGCCUUCUGCACCAAUACAACACCCACACAGUCCAAUCCUUCACGGAUGCCUUCCAGCUUGAGGGUUUCAAGUCAGAGGUUCUCCGCCUCGAGGUUCCAAGCCUCGCCUUCCAGCACCAUUACCUCAUGGAUGCCCUCCUCUCCAUCACCCUCCUCCACCUAGCCAGCACAGAUCCUUCCCCUGACCUACCCGUCACCACGUACCGAGACCGCGCGCUACGGCAGCUCCGUCAUCAGGUCGAGAACGUGUCGGCAGACAAUGCCCGACCUGUCUUCAUGGCCUCGCUGUUGUUAUCUGUGACUGCACUUGCGGCAGAUCGACACACGGGCUAUGAAGGGAUUUGGCUCACGAACUGGCUUGCGAUGGCUAUCGGGCCGCGGAUAAUGAUAGAUGGGCAGAGGAAACAUGUGUCGCUCCGCCCCACGCCGCUGAGGAGAGUGCCGCUGAAGCACGCUGCUCCCGUCGCGAUCCCAUUAGACCUGGAGGAUGCCCUGCGAAUGGACGAGGACGACGAGGACUGGGAGUUCCGCGAGGACCUGCAGCGUGCGGCAUCCGGGAUCGGCAGGCUGUUCGGGUCACUGGUCUGCCCUACCUGUGAUUCCUGCGUGGCCUUCAAGGUCAGGUCAUGGCCGUUCGUAUUUGUCUCGUCGAAAUUCGUGGACAUGGCCCGUCAGCUGAGGCCGAGAGCCUUGAUCGUGAUGAGUUACUACCUGCCAUUCUUCCACUGGUUUCCAAAUGUUUGGCUGUAUGACGACGUGGCUAUUUUGGAGAUGGAGAAGAUUUUCGCAGCAGUUGGGAGUGAAUGGACUGCGCCUCUGGCGGCCCCCGAGGUUGCUGUGAGAGUAAAGGAUACGAGUCUCUUGAAAGAGUUCCUCCUUGGGCUUGUAUCCCGUGAAUGUCUUCAAGAUGAGAAGUCUUUUGAAGGAUUUAUUUGA